CCGAAAUCAAUGGAAUUAUAAGAUCCGGAGCCCCGUUUCUCUACGGUUCCCUUGUACUCUCCUCUUCCCCUCUCCACCUAGAACUUAGGAGAUGCAUCUGUGGCCGACCCUAAAGAUCCGUGACUCGUUCAAGCAGGCAUACCUCUGCAAGCUGGAAUGGAACCUGGACCGCAUCAAGCGGAGCAAACAACGCACCUCCUCCGCCUCCGACCAACCCCUCCUCCUCGCCGACUCCAAAUCCCAAGCCCAAGAGGAGGGCCCCGGUCGCUCCGCUUCCCAGCUUCUUACUAAGCUCCUCGCCUUCGCCGCCGACCUCUUCGUCAUCCUCACCUGCUGCUGCUGCUGCUGCUGCCGUGCAGCUUGAAUUCAGAACUGUAGCUGCAUGAAGCGGUGAGUUGAAUGCGAGUAUGGCAGCUGAUAUAACAGUAAGGACCUCCUUCCUAGAUUCACUUAGAAACAUGUGUCAAAAUACACUUUUUUUUUUUUCUUGGAUAUCUUUUUCAGAAUGUUUAUCAGAAGAUUACCGCAUUAUAUUGUCUGAUUCAGAAGUUUGUCAUCUGGAAAGUUUGGAUAUAGCAGGUCAGAUUGGCAGAUUGUCUUGAGUAACCGCUGUAAUAUAGCUCGACAAAGCUGCAGUACUGGUGACAUUUGUUACAUUAGAUGUUGCUAAGAAGUGUGAGCAGACAACAAAUAUUUCUUCAUACGGAAGGUUUAUAAAAUGAACAAAUGUUGAAAUGUAUCGAUCUUUAUUCUUGUGUACCUACGUUUUGCUAUAUAUGCUGUCUUGUUAAUUUGCAA